CUGAGGAAUAUUCUUGACAUUCAUAUUCUGAAAAAUGGAGUGCUUCAAUAUAUUGUUUGUAACAAAUUGAUGUGGUACAGAGCUUGACCAUGUGGCCCCAUCUGCCAAUAGGAAGGAUGCUUUGACAAUGUGUACUGCAGCAGACGACACAAGCGACAGACUUCACACGUUUUGCCUAUUUGAGGAAUUCAGACAGGAUCAUUGUGUGACACCCUAAGCAUCAGGCUAACCGGCACAUUUGAGUGACGUUAAACAGCUACCUGCUGGUCCUGUCUUUACGCUUGAAGAAUCAGAGCAUUACAAAUAGAAUCCAAGUGUUGUUAGUGAUGGCUCAUGACUAUAAGCAGAAGAAAGUCUUUAAGGCUGGUCAGCUUGACAUUCAUGUCAAACCUGUAACUGGUCAUAACAAGGAGGUGUCAGCAUUACUGUCACCUACUAGAGAAAAAGGAAGGUACCUGAAGAAUGUUCCUGGCAAGGUCAGUAAUGGAUCUGGUGUUUCCCGGGCUGCUGCUGGUUAUGUGUCACCCUUUGCAAAACUGAAUGACACUGGGACAAGUAUCUACCCGAGUCAGUGGUGCAGUGUCUCCCCGAGGUACAGAAACAGUGCCUCCCUGGAGUAGGGGAGCAGUGUCUACUCGAGGUAGUGGCGCAGUGUCUCCCCGAGGUACAGAAACAGUGCCUCCCUGGAGUAGGGGUGCAGUGUCUCCCCGAGGUAAUGGUACAGUGUCUCCCUGGAGUAGGGGAGCAGUGUCUCCCCGAGAUACAGAAACAGUGCCUCCCUGGAGUAGGGGAGCAGUGUCUACUCGAGGUAGUGGCGCAGUGUCUCCCCGAGGUACAGAAACAGUGCCUCCCUGGAGUAGGGGAGCAGUGUCUCCCCGAGGUACAGAAACAGUGUCUCCCUGGGGUAGAGGUGCAGUGUCUACCCAGGGUACCGAGUCAGUUUCUAAACAAUUUAGAAAUGGUUUUGCAAAGACGACAAAUGUCAGUGAAAUUGUUGCAAAAAUGGAGUCAGGGGGAAGUGGUAAAUUGAAGUCACAAAUAAAAAGCUUUUCAACUUCAAAUUUGAUAGAUAUUUCGGAGAAUGAUUCCUAUAGCCAAAGUACAGGACAAGACGGAAGUCUCUGUUUGGAGAUGUUAGUGUGCAGCAGAAGAUAAAAACAUGGGAGAAGUUCAAUGAAAUUUCAGUCAACAACAAUUCAACAAUCCUGAAAAAGCAAAAUCAUGAAAUUACAGGAGAAAGAGACCUUAAACCUGCCCGUCCAGGUAUAUUGGAGAGAUUCAGUGGAGAAUCCACUGUCGAUAAGUAUGUGUCACAGACAGCAGCUGAUCGAAGAUCUCAUGAAGGAACUAAGUUUGAUCAAAGAACAAAUGAUUGGACUAAGCUAGAUCGAAGAUCUCAUGAGGAAACUAAGGUAGAUCGAAGAUCUCAUGAAGGAACUAAGGUUGAUCGAAGAUCUCAUGAAGGAACUAAGGCAGAUAAAAAACUAAUGAUUGGACCAAGGUAGAUCUAAAGUCUCAUGAAGAAACUAAGGUUCAUCGAAGUUCUAAUGACUAUGCUAAGUUAGAUCAAAGGUCUAAUGAUUGGACUAAGGUAGAUCGAAGACCUGAUGACAAAACUAAGGUAGAUCGAAGAGUUAAAGAUUGGGAUAAGAUAGACCAUAGAUCUAAUGAUUGGAAUAUGGAGGAUCAAAGAUCUCAUAUAAGGACUAAUGAAGAUCAAAGAUCUAAUGAGUUGACUGUGGUAGAUAGAAGAUCUCUUGAAGGGAAUAAGGAUGCAUAUAUCUCAGACGGUAGUGAAGAGUAUUUAAGCUCAGGAAACGGUCACAGGGAACCAAGCAAAGAGUUGAAGCAUUCAAGUUAUGUUGACAUCAAUUCCAAUGUUUUGCAUGGCAAACAUAGGGACCAACGCAGCAAUACCUGGACACCUCAAAGUAGUAAAUCCAGUCUUUCAGAAACAUUUGGAUCUGACACAUUGAAGAAGAAAGUGAAAAAGAAAUCAUCUCGGAGUAAGUUCUAUGUUUCUGUGGAUGAUCCUGAAGAUGUUGGUUUGGAUGAUGAGGUUGGCCUUCCUUUGAGUCGUUCCAUGAGUGAACCAAUUCUUGACAAAGUGGAAGAAGGAGUACAUGUAUAUGAAACUAUAAAAUCAAAAGGUCCAGACACAGAUCAUGGUGUCAUCGACAACACAGAUGGGACAUAUCAGAGGGUGUUUUAUAAAGAACAAAGAUCAGGGUCAUUAGGCAGUAAUGCUCUUUUGGCAAAGAAUAAUUGGAGUAACCAUAUUUAUGAUAUACCUUACCAAAUCACAGACUUUGAGAAGCAACAGUAUGGGCAAGAAAGUUUAGUUGACUCCGACUUUGUGGAUGUGUCUGAGAUUCAGCGUCGGGUGGAGUAUGUCAGCAGUGUCAAGGCCAAAACAAUAAAGAGCAUCAGGAAGACCAAUGAGUUUAUGUCAAGGAUUUAUCCACAAUUAUUCGAGUAUGCACUAGUCGUGGGGCUACGACCCAAGUCAGGCAUGGGAUACAAGCCAUACGUCAUACACAAGUUCCCAGAAACGUUGGAUGAUGUGAUUGACAGCAAUGUGUCGGUACCACUGUUCUGUUUCCCAGAUGCUCCUGAGUACAAGCCACCAACAGGCCCAGUUCCUAGUGAGUCCUACUCGUUCGUCCUUACCAAUAUUGAUGGAGAGAGGGUGUAUGGAUAUUGUCGCAGGAUACAGCCACCAGACUCAAGUCUACAGGAGGUGAUCUGUAUCAUCAGCCCAGUGGAUGCCUUCAACAUGUACAACAAGUUGUUGGAUGAGAUAGAGAAGCGCAGAGCGACGUCAACUGACCUUGCACAAGAACUGAUUGCAGCAUCCUUCGGUCGGCCUCUGCCCAAGCCUGGCAAGGUCAUCAACAUCAGAACACUGGACAAGAAGGGAGAACUGGAAACAUUGUUCUUGAACCGGCCAUCAGAUGUUCGCAGGGAAAAGGUCAACUAUGAGUGUCUGCUCAACUACCUGGGGACAGACAAGCUCAUCAAGGUGUUCUCAUCUCUCAUGAUGGAGCGACGUAUCCUGCUCUGCUCAAACAGCCUCAGCAUUCUGACGCUGGCAACGCAGACGGUGCAUGCCCUGGUGGCCCUGCUGUAUCCGUUCAGCUGGCAGCAUAUCUAUAUCCCCAUACUGCCGUCCGACAUGAUCGAAGUGUGCACCUCCCCAACACCUUUCCUCAUCGGCAUACUGACGUCACAUCUACCUCAAGUAAUGGAGCUGGAGGAACUACUGGAGGAGGUUGUGAUUGUAGACCUGGACAAGAAGCAGUUUGUGCGGAGUAUUGGAGAUGAGGCCACGCUGCUCCCCAAGAAGCUACAGAAGGCUCUCAAGACAGCAAUAAACAUGUGCAAGAUAGAUAGCGAGUCAGAGACAUCACAAUGGCUGAUGGUGUCCGAGGCCUUCAUGAGGAUGUUCAUUGAGAUUAUGGGUCAUUUCGGGGAGCACAUCAUCACACAACAGGACGGCAAGAAGGUGUUUGAGAAAGAGAAGUUUUUGACACGUGUGAGUGCCAAGGGCAUCAGACAGGUUCUGGAAUGGUUCACUGAGACUCAGAUGUUUGAAGUCUUUAUGACCAAUCAGCGGGAGAAGAUCGAGUGGGGGACUGUGGAUUUGUUCAUGUCAAGGUUGUUAGACUUUGAGAAAGAAGAUUCCCGAGAUUCAAACAAAGGUCUCGGUCGGAAGAUGAAGAACUUUGGCAAGGCCAUCAAGACUAAGCUUGGGCAGACAUGACAAGACUAGUGAAGUGACACUUCUCUACCUUAGUGCUGGCAGACAUAUGUGUAAUAAAGAGUUGACUCAAGCAAGAGCACAACACAAAUGACAGUUCUCAACCUUAGUGCUGGCAGACAUAUGUGUAAUAAACAGUUGACUCAAGCAAGAGCACAACACACAUGCAUCUGACUUGAGAAAGUUUUAACAUUUAUUUAUCACUGUGAUAUUUCCCAAUGUUUCUCGGGUAUUCGAACAGAUACUUCAUUGAGGAUCUUGCUUGAUAACCAUGAAGGUGUAUACUUAAAUAACUGUGUUUUGCACCGGAGGAAAGUUCCUAAAUCAUUAUUAGGUCAGAGGUCAAAGACAUUUCAGAGAUGAUUGUCAAGUCAGAGGUCAAGGAUGUUUCCGACAUCAAGGUCAGGUCAGAGGUAAAGCAAAUAUUUCAGAAUUCAAGGUCAAGAAUGAGGGUAUGAUAUCAAGAUAUCAAGGUCAGAGGCCAAGGACAGGACCCAUGUUUGAUGGCACUUUCUGUUCAUUCCUGUUGGAUAACAUGAUGCCAAUUGUGUGUACCAGUACAUAACAGCCAUGGCCAUAUCCAGAAGAAAUGUGUCCUCUUUUUCCAGUUUACUUCAGCAACAACAACUAUAGAAUCAUGGAUAAGUAUCUUCUGGAAGAAUGCUUUCACUGAAUAUGAAAGGGAAUUGGAAACUCUGAUUUUUACAGUGAAAGUUUGAUGAAAUCAUCGACUAUUGAGGGAUACCAAAGGGUAACAGAUGAAACAGGUCUUUGGUGCUUUGGUGUUGGGACUAGCAGCACCUCAAGCAGGCCACUUCGUUAAUCUUCUGUUCUUCUUUUGUCUGCAGUGAGAACCAUCACAAGUCCACAGUACUGCUCCUGAUUCUUAUUGGAAUGUGUUUUCAAUGUACAACUCUCAUCUUUCAGGGUAUUAUUAAUAUGUAAUGUUGAUUUGACUGUGAUCAUUCUUGAUUCAUAAGCUUCAAUGAUCUAAAGGAAGAAGUGUACAGCUGAAUUCAUAAAGAUUGUUUUAACUUGGUUGUGGCCGAACCUGAAGCACCUGGACCUCGGACGUGGUUCUUCCGCAGAGUGUUGCCUGUAUAUGGAGGAAUCCUCAGCUCUGUUAUUGACCCUACUUGGGUGACAAUACAGUAGAUUAGGUCUUAUUGUUGAAUGCUGGUUCCUCUCUGCUGAGUGUUUGCCAGAUCUUUGACAACAAGAACCUUGCCUAACUAUAAGACUAUCAC